AUGGUACUUGAAAUUUAUUUCAGUACGACAACAAUUUAUGGUACUUCACCGAGCACUUUCGUCUAUGAGCUUAUCAUGCCUUACGUUAGUGCAUUAACUGUUUUUCGAGAAACCAUUUCGGAAUUAGCACAACAACGUAAUGUUAACGAUAUCAUAAAGGAAUGUGAUCGUAUCCGAGAUGAAGUCCUCCCAGAAUUAGACAUUUUCCUCAAUGAGGCGAAUCCUGAAAAAUCGGCACUUGCAUUAAAAAAAUGGAGUAUGUCUGCUGAAGCUAUUGCAAAUCAGGCAU